AUGGCUAUACGCUGGGCUAGACGGCGCCUUCUGAUCGCCACCGUGAUGGCGAUCGCGCUCUACUACUUACUGUCUUCGUCCUACCGCACCCACGAAGUGAGCUCGAUCCUACCGCACACCAAACCGGAAGAUGUGUGGGAGUACUUGGCCGAUUUCAGUCACAUGAAGAAACUCAACCCAACCAUCCAAGGAUUUCGAGUGCUCUCCGAGGAGGGCAACAAGAAUCUGUGGAAGUACACGGUCGAGUACGACGAACGGUUAUCGCACUGGCCGCACAGCUACAACACUGCCAUCGGCCACUACACCGUCAGCAAGCUGUCCAGCGCGGACGGUGGCAAAUAUUCGGUGGCCUCCCAGCACCAAACGUGCUUCUUGGUGGGACUGUUCUGUCUGCGCUCGCAAGGAGAGUUCACGAUCUCGCUGGUCAACCUGUACGACACGCUGGUGACGGAAUCGGUGCGCUUCCAGUGUCCGUUCUUUUUCGGAUCGUUCUGUCAACGGGAGGUCGAGUAUCAGCGAACGGAGAUCGCGAGCAAGCUGAAGCAACACUUUCAGUACCUACGCCAGCGUCGCUCGGAACCUAACGCCGGGACAGGGUGA